AUGGCCACCAUAGCUCAACUUUGUCGUGGCACUGUUUCAUUGCCAUUACUUUCUCAAGACCCUGAUUAUACCGAGGUCGCAGGAAGGAUCCUGACUAAGAAGGAAUCCAAAAUUGUUGCUCAAACUAGACCUAAGGAGGGUGAACUACGAAAUUUACUAGGUCAAAUUGCAGACUAUAUGGAUGUAAUGAAUUUGAAGUAUGGUCUCCUUACGACUUACGAGGAGACAUUGUUUCUCCGACAGACUGUGGUUGGCGGGCAAUUCGUUUUAACCGAGGGAUCUAUAAAGAUUGCAACAAGUGCUCUGCCUACUGCUUCGGCAAAUACGACAACGUCAUCAACGAAGGAUACUUCCGACUUUGCUUCCAAUAAUCGUUUCAAGAAGAAGGAUGAAAAGGCUCAGCAUGACAAGUCAAAGGAUUCAUCUAAUUCCACAUCUACUUCUAAAGAAAAGAGACAACAGAAGACAACGUGA